UUUGAAUCGCACAUCUCCAACUCAGAAAAUGGCGAAUUGUGUUGAAUUGCUUUAUUAAGAAAAUAAUUUGAUCGCCACGAUACUAAAAAAGUGUGUUUGUUUGAAAAUUUUAUUUGCUGGAGUGUUUAAAAACAUCAAUAAAAACUCAUGUUCGGACUGUCACUGUAUGCGUAAUUAAGUAACUGUGUGUGCGUGUGUGUGCAUAUAUUUGGUCGUUCCUUGGAUCUGGAUCUGGAUCAGGCCGGCUAGCUUAUUUGUUGGGGUAUAAAUGAACCAAAACCAAAUCCAGCAGUUGACCUUACACCUAUCGCAGGCUCUCGAUCAAAACUAUGAUGUCGUUAAUAUGGAGGCGGUGCUGUCAGUUAUCUGUGCACUGGAAGGCACAACAAUCACGAAAGAUCAAUUGGAGGCCACCAGAUUGGCCAAAUAUAUAAAUCAACUUCGUCGUCGGACUAAAAAUGAACAAUUGGCCCGACGUGCGAAAUCGCUGUUAAAGAAAUGGCGCGAAAUGGUUGGAAUUCAACAACAGACUAACGAUUCUCAGUCGCAGUCUAAUGUUCCGGUUCCAAUUCCUUCAACAUCAUCAAAAACACCCAUGAUAAACGAAUCGGAGUCAAGUAUUGCUGAUAAUGAUAUGAUAACCAUACAACCAACACAGCAAACAACGGCACAGCAAAAAGGGUUUAAUUAUGAUUUACACACAAAUAUUGAUCAAUCGGAGCAUCCGAAAACCAACUUUUCCAACCUAAUACCGCAUAUGAAUAUUGACAAUAGUGGAGAAACUAUAAUUAAGCAUUCACAACGAUCACAACAACGAUCCAUAGAGCCACAAAAAUCUGUAACAAUUAUUAACGACCUUUCGUCGAAUUCGGUAUCAAGUUUGAUGGCUAACAAUCAAUUGAAUCAGGCAUCUAUAGUCAUUGUCUCCGAUUCCGAUGAGAAUGAUUCGGUACAACAGCAACAGAAGUUGGCAAACUCUCAACCUUCAGCUUCUCUCGCAUUUCCUGCACAUUAUCCAAGGCCAAAAAAACUAAAAAAGGAUAAAAAGCGUAAAGAAAGGGGAGCUUCAUCGUUUAAUUUCAAGGAGCAACAACAAUUGAAAAAGUCUACGGAUUUUAAUAGCUUUCCAAUUAAAGAUGGAAAAGUGCCAACAGCUUAUCCAACUGAUUCUGAAAUUCUUUCAUUGUCGAAUAGCUCAAUGAGCUCAAUUCUAUCUGGAGAUGCUCUGUCGGCGAAUUCACAACAUAAACAUCGCACAACAACAACAACAACAAUAACAACUGCAACAGCAACAGCAACAACAUCGGAUUUGACAUUUGCUGGCCGAUUUAAGUCUGUGAGCCAAUUGGAUACUUCAAGUCAUGAUAAUUCAAAUGGCCUGAAAACUGUAACUAUUUGCCGAACGCCAAACGACGCAACAAAUGUGGAGCAACCAAUUCGGCAACUAUUCGACGAAUAUAAUGACUCAAGCACGUCCUGCAGUCGUUUAUCCCCAUUUGAGGAGUUAGAAGCCAAACAGAGUCAGAAUCAGAGUCAGAUCCAUUCCAAGUCAUUUGUCGAACCAAAUAAGCAUCCUAUACAGAUACCAACAGUUAUACCUUCAAAACCACACGAUACUCAGUCGGCCGAGUAUCUAGAGAAUCGCGGCUCGCAAAUUCCAAAAAAGCGUGGUCGAAAAAAAGGAUCCAAAGGCGUCGAUUCCGUUAUUGCCGAAUCGCGACUUUCACAACAAAUUUUAUUUGGAUCUGGUGUUAAAAAAGUCAAGACUACAAAAGAGCUUUUCAAUGAAAUACAGGGACGAAAACUAAGUAUUUCAUUCAAUCGAUCCGAUGCAUUGUCAGCAUCUAACAAUCUUUCAAAUGCCAACACACUUCGAAAUCGAGAAUCGCGUUCGUUAAUAACAAGACCAACAUCCUCAUGCUCAGAAACAUCAAUGCACUCACCGCAAACCAUGGAAGCAUAUUCAACCAAUAUUUCUUCAAGCGGAAUUGAAUCGAAAUUUUCAAAUAUUCUUGAAGAUACUGGAAAUACUGAUAGCGAUACUAUAACGUCGGAACCUUCACGGGAUAGCAUCAAAUCGGGAGAAAUGAAAAGAAGUCCUUCUCUGGAUAGCAUCAGCAAUCAAACAUCUCUUCAAACUUCAUCAGUGAAGAACACGAUCUCGAAAUCAACUUCAAUGAAUAAUCACAACGAUGUGACGACACAAUUAAUGCAUCUGGUUAACAGUUUAAACAGUCCUCUAAGUGUUGAGGAUACUGAGAAAUUAUAUCAGGUUCAAAUAGUGCCAUGCACUUGUGUAAUUGUCGAAGAAACGCAAAAUCUAUCAACUGGUGAAAGUAAUUCAAUUAAUGAGUUGGAUAAUGAGGCGGACGAUUUAAAUAAGAUUAAAUCUAAUGAUGAAACUGAUAAUAGUGGUAGUGGAAGAGAUAACAUAAAGAAGAUGGAGCAAAUGUCUCGUAAAGUUGAUAAUUCGAUAGUUGAAGAAACGCAAAUAUUGAUACCGCAAAAACCGAAAAAGUCAAUAUUUGAUUUAGAUUUUGAUGACGAUGAAGAUCCAUUACAAACAAUUAUACAAAAAAGUAUAUCUCCAGCCGAAUCAAACACAAACUUGCAAAAGCCCAUUAAUAAUGAGAAUGAUAACUCACUUGAAUUAAAAACACUUGAAACAGUUAAUCCUACAAAUGAUGCUAAUAACAUUGAUGAAAAACAAGAGGAGGAUGAUAGUGAUAAAGUCCCCGAGAUCGUUUCCAUAUACACUGUGCACGAGGAUCCGAAUUGCGUUGCAAAACAAAGGUUCACGGUGCAAACAACCAAUGUUACCGAUUUCCAUAUAAAUGCAUUACACAAUUAUUACGUUCCAAAUAUUAAUGGUAAUUGGAAUAACAUUGAGUCAACGUCGUUGUCGUCGUCGUCGUCAUUAGUUUUGAAAUCGACAAUAUCGGAAUUUUUAAAAGAGCUAGACGCAUAUGAAGUAACUGACGGCGCCAAUGUUGUUCCAAAAUAUGGUUCAUUAACGUAUGAUCGCAUCCCAAAGGAUCUAAGUCUUCGCAAAUUUGCUAAAAAUAUCGGUAAAAAAUUUCUUAAAUCUUACAUACCUCCCUUUUUGGGCGUGGCCAAAUGCUUACCAUCUUGUCGACUAGCAUCGAAACGGGCUAAGAACGAAGUAAAACUACAAAUGAAACCAGAAUUAAAUCUGGAGACUAUUAAAGAAAGUCCGAGUCCGUUGAGAGUUGAAGUUUAUACACAUGAUGAGAACACCAAUGAAAACGAUAACGAAAAUGGAAAUGAAAACGGCAACCAAAGGCAGAUGCAAUAUGCUGAUGGAGCUAGCAAUUUACUAAAAUUGGCUAAUAACGGUGCAACAACAUGGCCAACAGAUGAUGGAAACAACAGCAGCAGCAGCAGCAGUUGCAGUAAUUCCAGUUUAAAAAUUACACAGAAUUCAAUCAAUGCAAAACUACGAAAUCAAAGAGAAGCGCAUCACACAACAAAUACUGAGCAGAUGGAACGAAAUAUUAUCGAACGGAACCGAAAGAAACGUAGAAAAGCAACUAAACUGACGGAAAUUGAGGCAAAUAGUAUAAAGCCACGUAUAAAACGCAUUAAAAUUGCAAUUAAUGGUAAUUAUGCCACACAAAGACAAAUAUCAAAUGUCAGUAGUAGCGAUGAUGAAUCCAAGCAUCCAAGAAGUGAUGAACUCAGCAACACAGAAGAUGAUGAAAAUGAUAAUGAAAAUGAACGUGAAUCAUUUCGAAGUUAUUCAACAACAAUUGAUAGCAUUGGGGCGGAUGAGGAGGUGCAUUUAGAAAAUGAUAACGAAUAUGAUAUUGAUAAUGAUAAUGAUAACGAUAAUAAUAGCAAUGAUGAUGAUGAUGAAGAGUAUGCCAUUAUUCAAAAGCCUGCAAUGGGUGGCAGUAAGAAUCACAUAGUAUUGACAAUAAAGAAAACACCCAGCAAAAUCAAUUCUCCAGUUAACUCAAUAUCAGCCAUAUCCCCAUCCCCGAUUGUUGCUGCCCAUUCGAAUUCGAGCAUAAUUGAAGCUGAGACUGCAAUUGAGACUGCUAAAUAUAUUAAUUUUAAUAACAACAACAAUAAUAACAACAACAACAACAAUAGUACUGUAUCCGAAAUGAUCACUGCAUAUCAGCAACAUCAAAUUUAUAAUAAUAACCUUUCAUUGGAAUCUAAAACUACAAAUGAUGUUAAUCAUGUCGAUAAAGACAAUGAUCCAACAAUGUCACAUACCUGCCUUAAUAGUAGUUUUCAUAAAUGUUAUCGCUAUCGUUGUCGUCGUUAUCGCUAUCGUCAUCGUCGCCAAUUGAAGCACCAAAGUUGCCCGAAGGAAACCAUAGAUAUAGAACUCAAACAUUUAUUCAAUAAUAAUAAUAAUAACAAAAAUAAUGCGAACCAAACAACGGCAAAAACGCAUCGAAAAUUGUUUUUCUCGAAUGAAUUAAAUCGAGAAGAUAAUGUUGGACGCAAAGAGCGAAUUAUUAAUUAUAGUAGUAGCAGCUCAAAUUAUGACGACGACGAGACCGAAGACGAACAGGAUCAGGAAAACCUCUCAUUGUCGUCUGACUUCAAAAUGGAUAAGCUACAAUUUGAUUAUAAAUUCAAGAUUGAGACUGAGACGAGCGCAACUGUAGGGAAUAUUAUUGCAGAUCCAUACUUAUCUUCAAGUGAUGAAUCCAUUCAAGAAGAUGAUGACGAUGAAAAUAGAGAUUAUGAUGGUACAAAGUUCGAUGAAUUGCCCUUAAACAACAGCAACAAUGGCAUGCUACCGUCAUUUAAUUCAAUUAAUGCUGAGGAGCAACUGAUAAACCAAAAUGUAAAUCCAAUCCUGGAAUCACUACAAAUUGAGAAUUGUGAUGAUGUUAAUAGUAGUAUAUGCUAUAAUAACAAUAACUUAAGUUUCAUUAAAUCACAUAGUUUAGGUUCUUAUACGCCCAUUAAUAAUAAUAAUAAUAAUGACAAUGUGAACAUUGAUAAUGAACAAGAUAUUGCUAAUAAUUCCACAAAUGUUUUGGAAUAUAACAAAAAUGUGCACGUUGAAUAUAGAACUGGUAUUCGAACUAAUGUCGAAUCAAAUAACAAUCCGAGCACUUCCCGAAUUCAAAAUUUCAAGGAAUGGCACGAAGUUCUCCAAUUGCAAUCUUAUAAUAAUGAACCACUGAUAGUUUUGCCAUACGUUGUGCUUGAAUGAACAAUUUCUGUUAUUAUUAUUA